CUGAGUUGUUGACAAGUCCUAGGUUGCGUAUUUCCCUCGCAAGUCCCAAGUGUCACAGGGCUUGUAUUUCUGCUCAUUCCCGAGAUGGGACAGUUGCUAUGUUGCUCCAAUAAAAUGGCAGACGAUGCAGAGGAGCGUCGAGCAGCUUUACAGCGCUGACCCCCUGGCCAUCCUCGACGGUCCACUUCUCUCAGUAAUUUUGCCAUAAGCCUUUAUGACAGAUUCCAGCAGCAGGGUGUUCUUUCCGACCUUGAUGAGUCCAUUGAACUCGAUCGAGCUGCACUGGGGCUCCGCCCCCCUGGCCAUCCUUAUUGAUCAACAUCACUCAACGAUCUUGCCAUCAGCCUUUGAGUCAGAUUCAGGCGGCGGGGCGUCCUGUCUGACCUCGAUGAGGCUAUUGCGCUCGAUCGAGCUGCACUGGAGCUCCGCCCCCCUGGUCAUCCUCGUCGAGACCAGUCUCUCAACAACCUUUCCCUCGGCAUUUAUAAGAGAUUUGAGCAGCACCAUUGAGCUCGAUCGAGCUGCACUGGAGCUCCGCCCCCCUGGCGAUUCUGAUCGAUCGACAUCUCUCAACAGCCUUGCCGUCAGCCUUCGUGACAGAUUCGAGCAGCGGGGCGUCCUAUUUGACCUCGAUGAGGCGAUCGGGCUCCAUCGAGCCGCACUAGAACUCCGUUCCCCUGACCAUCCUCGUCGAGACGAGUCUCUCAACAACCUUGCCAUCAGCCUUGGAAACGGAUUUGGGCAGCGCAGCGUCCUGAAUGACCUUUAUGAGGCCAUUGAGCUCCAUCAGGCUGCACUGGAGCUCCGUCCCCCUGGCCAUUCUGAUCGAGACGAUUCUCUCAACAACCUUGCCGUCAGCCUUGGAGACAGGUACGAGCAGCGGGGGGUCCUGUCUGACCUUGAUAAAGCCAUCGAGCUCCAUCAGGCUGCACUAGAACUCCGUCCCCCUGGCAAUUUGUGUCGAUCCGCGUCUCUCAGCAACCUUGCCAUGAGCCUUGGAGACAGAUUCGAGCAGCGGGGGGUCCUGUCUGACCUUGAUGAGGCCAUCGAGCUCAAUCGAGCUGCACUGGGGCUCUGUCCUCCUGGCCACUCCCUUCGAUCCGCGUCUCUCAACAACCUUUCCAAAACCCUUCAGGCCAGAUUCGAGCAGUUGGGCAUCCUGCCUGACCUUAAUGAGUCCAUUGAGCUCGAUAGAGCCGCACUGGAGCUUCGUCCUCCUGGGCAUUUAGAUCGAUCCGACUCUCUCAAUAACCUUGCUAUCAACCUUGCAUCCAGAUUCAAGCAGCGGGGGGUCCUAUCUGACCUCGAUGAAGCUAUUGAGUUCCAUCGAGCUGCACUGGAGCUCUGUCCCCCAGGCCAUUCUUUUCGAUCCCGUUAUCUUAACAACCUUGCUAUCUGCCUUCAAGAAAGAUUCGAGCAGUUGGGUCUAUCACCUGACUUGGACGAGUCCUUUAGGCUUUAUUUGCAACUAUCUGAAGUAUCCCAUGCAGUCUCUCUUAGUGAUCUUGUGACUGUCAAGUCAUGGGUCACCCAUGCCGAGCGGCUCCAUCAUGGCUCUGCAUUGACCGCCUACCAAACCACAUUAAGCUUCCUCGAUCAGCACGUUGCCGCUCUAUCUUCCUCCUCACGCCAUUUCGACGUGAUCAGGGAGACUACAUCAUCCCUUGCAAUGGAUGUUUUGUCGUACUGUGUUCGUCAUGGUUCUUUCGCGACUGCUGUAGAACUGGUGGAACAAGGCCGUGCAGUAUUCUGGACCCAGCUGGCACGCUUCCGCACACCACUGGAUGAACUUUUCGUGUCAGGUGACACCGGCGCAGCCUUGGCGGCAGAGUUCCAGCAGCUCAGCUUCCGCCUUCGCGCCGUGCUUGAUGUGCCUGCUGAAGACCAGUCCCCACAAAUCCGACAAUUAACUAUGCAAUGGAACGAUGUCAUCUCACGCAUCCGCACGUUACCUAGCUUCUCUCGUUUUCUCCUGCCUCCGCUAUUCCCUGAUCUCCAGAAAGCGGCAGAAGAUGGUCCGGUCAUCAUUGUCAACGCAAGCAAAUACAGCUGUGAUGCCUUGAUUAUCACAAGUGCCCGAGAUCCCAUUCAUGUUCCACUUUAUAUCACACAACUCGAAGUCUCCGAGUUGUCCUCCGAGUUCCAGUCCCUCGCAGAGAGUUUUGGUUCUUCUGAUCAUCAACUUCAAUUAUACGAGAUUAUCAGCAUCCUCCGCAAGCUUUGGGAUGAUGUUGUUGGUCCCGUGGUUCAAGUCCUCAGGGAGUUGAUUCACCCCGGUUCACGCAUCUGGUGGUGUCCCACCGCUGAGUUUACGCUGCUCCCUCUACAUGCAGCGGGGCCCUAUGAGAAGAAGAUCCAGAAUGUGUCUCAGUUUUACAUCUCCUCUUACACCCCAACUUUGGCGACACUGAUUCGGGCGAGACAGCAGCUUUCUCGAGAUGCAUCCAUGCAACGUUUUGUUGCCAUUGGCAAAGCAAACCCGGACAAAGGGAAGGAACUCCGAUGUGUCGCUCCCGAGCUAGCCGUCGAUGCAUUAAGACACAAUCAGUGGAUUCACCUGGCUUGCCAUGGAGUGCCAAAUCGAAAACGCCCAUUUGAAUCUUCCUUCGCAAUGCGCGACGGGCCUUUAACGAUCAAGGAGAUCAUCCGAUCCCACUGGCAGAACCCGGAGUUUGCAUUCUUAUCGGCGUGCCACACUACCGUGGGCGAUGCGUCCAACCUCGAUGAGGUCAUCCAUCUCGCUGCGAUAAUGCAAUUCUCCGGAUUUCGCAGUGUGAUAGGUUCUAUGUGGUCUGUCGACGACGAGGUUGCACGCCAGAUUGCAUCUGCUUUCUAUGACAAUCUGGUUGAUGGUUCAGGGAGAUUGGACUGCAAGCGCGCUGCGGCAGCAUUGCACAAGGCCGUGAAGUCGUUGCGCAAGAAGAUUCCAUUAGAACAGCAGAUCCGGCGAUGGACGAGAAAUGGCAGUAGAGCAGAGGAAGUAAUGUGGUAUUUUAUUGCGCUCAAUUACCCUGCCUUCCAUCACCGGACGUACUUAGCAGAGAUGUGUGGAGUCUAUAAGGGCACGCGAAAACGUAGACAAACGCAGGUGGACGAAGCUCGGGAAAUGCCCGAGCGAAUGCAUGCAGAUAUGACAAUUGUUAAUCUCGAGCAACUCACCAUUAAUAUUGUCAUCCCCGAGAAUCCUCUGGGCUUCCAAACUAUCGCUGUGCAGCAUCUGCUCGCCACCCUUGAACGUCAAACCGCAUGCUCACCUGUCAUUGCAUGUUAUCACUUCGACAUAUGGCGACUGCAGGGUGUACUAAAACAGCUAUCGGCGGCGACGUGUGGGGGUACUGAGAGUGGAACACACGUCUCCUGGAAGCAGUCAAGUAACAGCAAGUACUAG